AUGGGGAAUCCUGGAGGCUGGAAAAGUCUAUUGACAUUUUUCAUUCUCGCCCUAGCAUGGUUGGCUGGAUUUAGCUCUAGAUUAUUUGCUGUCAUUCGUUUUGAAAGCAUCAUACACGAAUUCGAUCCCUGGUUCAACUACAGAGCUACACAUCAUAUGGUCACCCAUGGUUUUUAUAAUUUUUUAAACUGGUUUGAUGAUAGAGCAUGGUAUCCUCUUGGCAGAAUUGUUGGGGGAACGGUAUAUCCUGGGUUGAUGGUGACAUCAGGCACUAUACAUGCCAUAUUAAACACAUUAAAUAUACCAAUUCAUAUUAGAGAUAUCUGUGUAUUUCUUGCUCCAGUUUUCAGUGGGCUGACAUCAUUAGCUGUAUAUUUUUUCACUAAAGAAAUAUGGAGUGCUGGAGCUGGGUUAUUUGCAGCUUGUUUUAUUGCCAUUGUACCUGGUUAUAUCAGUAGAUCUGUAGCAGGUAGCUAUGAUAAUGAAGGAAUAGCUAUUUUUGCUUUGAUGUUUACAUAUUUUUUAUGGAUAAAAGCAGUUAAAACUGGUCAGAUAUUUUGGGGAAUAUGUACAGCAUUAUCUUAUUUCUAUAUGGUGUCAGCUUGGGGAGGCUAUGUAUUUAUUAUUAAUUUAAUUCCACUUCAUGUAUUUGUUUUAUUAUUAAUGGGAAGAUAUUCAAAAAGAAUUUUUACAGCUUAUACCAGCUUCUUUAUAGUUGGUCUUAUUUUAUCAAUGCAAAUACCAUUUGUUGGUUUCCAGCCAAUCAGAACAAGUGAACAUAUGGCUGCAGCAGGUGUUUUUGCAUUAUUAAAUGCAUACAGUGCAUUGAAAUAUGUGCAAUCCUUUGUAACAAAAGCUGAGUUUCGAUAUAUAUUUAUAAUGUCUGUGGGUAUAGCAGCUUCUGUAGUAUUUCUAACUGUUGUAGGCUUAACAUGGGCAGGUUAUAUUGCACCAUGGAGUGGCAGAUUUUAUUCUUUAUGGGAUACUGGUUACGCUAAAAUACACAUUCCAAUUAUUGCAUCAGUAUCUGAACAUCAACCUACAACUUGGGUGUCUUUUUUCUUUGAUUUACAUAUAUUGAUUUGUGCUUUCCCAGUUGGUGUAUGGUAUUGUAUUAAAUAUGUUAAUGAUGAACGAGUGUUUGUUGUAUUAUAUGCAAUCUUUGCUAGUUAUUUUGCCGGUGUGAUGGUUCGUCUUAUGUUAACCUUGACUCCAAUUGUCUGUGUUCUUGCCGCUAUAGCCUUCUCUAAAACUAUGGAAAUUUACUUAAAGGAUGAUUCUCCAAAAACAAAUCAUCGAACCAGUGAGAAAGAUCAAGAAAAUAAAAAUGAACGUUUAUAUGAUAAGGUUGGCAAGGCUAAAAAAAUAAGUGAUAAUAAACCUAAAGAUGAUGAUACAUUAGGUAUUAAUAUUAAAAGUGUGAUAGUGAUAGCUAUGUUGAUGAUGUUAAUGUUAUUUGCUGUACAUUGUACAUGGGUUACAAGUAGUGCCUAUUCUAGUCCUAGUAUUGUAUUAGCCACAUACGGCCAUGGAGGUAGAAAUAUAUUGGAUGAUUUUAGAGAAGCUUAUUUCUGGUUACGGCAUAACACUCACGAUAAAGCUCGUAUCAUGUCUUGGUGGGAUUAUGGGUAUCAGAUAGCUGGUAUGGGAAAUAAAACAACAUUAGUUGACAAUAAUACAUGGAAUAACAGUCAUAUAGCCCUGGUUGGUAAAGCUAUGUCAUCCAAUGAAAGUGCAGCUUAUGCCAUUAUGAGAGAAUUAGAUGUGAACUAUGUGUUAGUAAUAUUUGGAGGUGUUAUUGGAUAUUCUGGUGAUGAUAUCAAUAAAUUUUUAUGGAUGGUACGAAUAGCAGAAGGAGAACACCCAAAAGAUAUUAGGGAAUCUGAUUAUUUUACUCCACAAGGUGAAUUCCGUGUCGAUGCUGCAGGUUCCCAAACUUUAUUAAAUUGUUUAAUGUAUAAAUUAUCAUAUUAUAGAUUUGGUCAAUUACAGUUGGAUGCCAGAACUCCACCUGGUUUUGAUCGAACUCGAGGUGUAGAAAUAGGAAAUAAGAAUUAUGAAUUAACACAUCUGGAAGAGGCCUAUACUAGUGAACACUGGUUGGUAAGAAUCUUCCGAGUUAAAGAUCUUACUAAUAGACAAGAAAUAUUAAAACCAAAGAAACCAAUCAAAAAAUCUUACAAAAAGAAACCUAAAAAGGUGAGUUGUGAAUAUAGAAAAUGCCAUUGA